CCCGCGCGCGCGCCUUCUCCUCUUCUCCUGUUGUCGUCUUCUCCUUUUGUUGACUUUGGUGGUGGCUUUGCCAAGAGGCCCAAACCAUUCCCAACAUCCCUGGCUUCUGGACACGACCUGAUACAGAAGCCCCGUGCUCCCCUUGCUGCUUCCGCGCUUCGCUGUGCUGUGCUUGUUUGUAUUUGUUUUGUCUUGUUGUGCACACGGCAACAACGGCAACAAGACGACAACAACAAGGCCACACGAGCGAACCCCCUCUCGUCCUUGCUUCCUGAAGGUUUGUGUUGGUUUCCACCCAAGAUGGCCCAGAGACGCCAAGGACAACAACAACAACAACAGGAGCAGGCAGGGUUUGGGUCUGAAGCUCUUGAAGUCGAUGUGACAAGCGACGCCGCCACCAAUGCGCUGACGGCGGCCAUUGCGCCACGCGAUGCCGGCUCAGACGCCGCCGACCCUUCACAUCUGCUCUCGCCCAACGACCUCGACUCCUACCUUGACACUUUUUUCCUCGCUCCCCUCAACGCAAGGCCCACCGAAGAAUCCCAAAGCCAUCGCCAGCAGCAACAGCAGCGCACACAGGGCGGAGAUCAGACGCUGCAAGAGCAGCGUCGUGCUUUUCUUCAACAGCUUGAUGGCGAGACGCUUCUUCAUCAGGUUUUUGGGAUUGACCAGGGCUUUGAUCUCCAGCCAUACGUGGGUUCUCAACAAGACCUCGGAUACCCGCCACCUCUGAGCUUCUCAGCGCAGAACCAUGAGCCUCAUCCACAACCUGUCGUUUCGCCUUCCUCUUCCCUCCCGCUGGCCGCGAGUGGCACCUUCCCACCGCGUGAGUUGCACGCAUUUGUGAAUGAUGCCGCCUUGUCCCUUGAAGCACACAAUCGCAACAACGAGGGCCGCACCACCCUCGAGUGCUACUUCAAAGAGCGCAUCCUCCUUCAAGGGGAGACGUUGCCCGCCAUCCUCCCACAGCAUCCAGCAUGGCUGAAGCUCUUCAAGACAGAGCGCAAGAGGCUCAAGGGCAGGGCCCGCCAAGCAAGGCACCGUCGCAAACACAGGCGCAAUGAGCAGAGCUUGUCAAGUCAGAUCGCCGCGCUGCAGGCCCGUGUACAAGAGUUGGAGCUCGAGAACCAGUCCCUGCGUCAAGUCAUCGCCGCGCAGGCAGUGCAGAGUCGUCCCAUCAGCGCCGUCAUGUUGCUGCCGUCCUUGCGAGGCGUGUUGUUGCGCAGAGCAGCAGCAGCCUCGCCCAUCACCUUCCUGACACAAAGACCCACGCACAGAUUACACACACGAAGCUCAACAGCAGCAGCAGCAGCAGCAGCAGUGCCAUCAAAUGAGGUUCCUGAUUCACCAGGCACUGUGGUGGUGACUGGCGGCAGUCAUGGCAUCGGCCAAGCCGUGGUCCGCGCGUUUGCGCAGCGAGGGCACACCGUGUUCAACCUGGACAUCACGCAGCCAGACCCAGACAGUGGUGGGGAGGAUGCACCCCUUGAUACAACCUUCUUUUCUGUGGACAUGGCCGAUGAAGAUGCCGUGCGCGUGGCCUUUGACAUCAUCCUUGCCAAGUGUGGAUCGAUUGAUGUGCUCGUCAACAACGUUGGGAUCCAGCCGCCAGCAAGCUGCGUUCCUCUCCAUGAGCUGCCGACACACUUGUGGCGCCAAGUGCUCUCCGUUAACCUUGACAGCAUGUACUUUGCUUCAAAAGCAGCGCUGCCAGCCAUGCUGAAGCGGGACUUGAGCAGCUCUCCGUCAUUCACGGGGUCGCGUGGUGUGAUUGUGAACAUGGCCAGCGUGCAAGGGGUGUUGUCCCAGCCAGGUGUACCUGCGUACGCCGCCUCAAAGGGCGCCAUGCUUUCUCUCACGCGACAGAUGGCGUUGGAGUAUGGUCCGAAUGGCAUUCGCGUGACGGCAGUCAACCCCGGCACGACUGCCACACCUCUCGUGCAGGCGCUGAUUGAAGGCGAUGGCAAGACGCUGGAGGACGCAGGGAAGGUGUACCCGCUCGAGCAACGCGUUGCACAGCCCUCAGAGGUGGGCGAAGUGGCCUAUUUCUUGGCCACGCCUGCCGCGUCAUUCAUCUCGGGCAGCCACGUGGACGUGGACGGGGCCAUCUGCGUCAAGGGCGGCUGGAAUACAUGA